AAACACAGCUUGAUUCUCGUCAUAGAACGGAACCUAAUUUUUGUAUCGUGUGAAUUUGUAAUGUAACGCAACGUCCGACGGCUUUAACAGAGUGCAAUAAAAGAAAUCACCGUGAUUGAUGAUUACCUGUGAACGAUCAUUAAAAAUGACCGCUAACUUUAAUACGGUUUUCGACUCGCGAAUUCUGAUGAUCUUGUUGUAAACGAUUGACAGGUGUCUAUAGAUAUACUUAGGUACACGUUUAGCUGAACCUGUUUGUAAUGAAGCCGACGAUGUUGUGGAUAAGCUAACCGAACAUUUGUUUAACAAAAUUGAUUCAAAAAUUUUACAGCUUCUUUCGCAAUUUAUCAAAUAACAUGUCAAAUUUAUUGCUGUUUGAUAUUCCAGCAUUAUUUUGACUAGUGUCUAGUGAAAUGGAAUUGGAACGAAGAGAAUAAUCACUUGAAGAACGUUACAAAGUACAUACUUAAUAAUAAUAAUAUGGUCAAUUACAAAUGAAAACGCAUAUCAAUACUCAACGGAAAGCGUGUAGCGAACAUCAUCACAUUAUAUCUUCCUUGAUCCGUAAAAGAUAAACGCACCGGUAAUUUUUCCUUUUGAGAUCGUUCUGUGGGUGCAUGUUGCAGUUUGCAGUCCUUGCCAAUGACAUUGUGUUUUAUGUGAGACCCUCAGUCGGUGGCCAGCCGUGGCACAGAACGGUUGGUAUCACAAUGUACGUGCGCGCGUCUGCAGUGAAAGUUCCCUAGUCUGCGAAAUGUUGAUCGCGAUCGCUUUCCUGUUUGUGGCGAUAUGGACAGGAGGCAGCUACGGCGCGGACUACGCGACCGCCUGCGCCAGGUCUGGGCGCUCGCACCGAGGCAGGAUGCCGCAGGUUGCUCCCUGCGACCUCAGCAAACAUAACUACUGCACCGCACCUGGGACCAGCUACCCUUGGAACGCAAUACGAAGAUUUGUGAGAGAAAAUCAGGGUCUAAUGAAACGCAUGUAUGGUGAAGAACGACACAUAUCAAUCUUAAAAUCCGAACUAGAAAACUACAUUGAAGACGACUACGAAGAACCUCUAUUGAAACAGUCAGGCUUCGCCGAAGACAUCGUCAAGGCUAAAAUGAUGUACACUAAAACAAGUCAAGGACGUGCCAUGAAAGAUCGACCCUACUUUCGUCCUAUUAAUAGCGAAAAGACAAAAAAGACGGAAAAUGACACUCUUAAAGUGAAACCUUUAGAAAUAAUCGAGAAUAAAACAAUACAUAAUGAUGAUUCUAAUAGAACUGAAUCUAAUAAUGAUGAAGGUCUUUCAUAUAAAACCAAACUGGAGAGCAUAGCUAACAUUGAAAUCAAUAACUUAGACCAAGAAAUUAUUACUCUAGAAGCGGUAAUAAAACAGAGCAUUGAAACAAACAGCAUAUACCCGAAAUCUUCUACAGAUAUUGAUGCAAUAGACGAGAAGAAUACAACCGAUAUUUCAAACGCCACGUCCGCAGAUUUUAUCAACACAACUGAUGUUAUCACAGAUAAAUUAGAAGAAACAACAGAAUCUGGAAAAGAUGGAUGGAAUCCAAUGAACGUUGAUACUUCUACUUUACCUCCAACGUUACUCUUUUCUGAGCACGAGAGGAUAAAAAUCGAGAAGAAUGAAAAUAAAAUUAAUGAGAAAAAAGAUGAGGUGAGAGUGAAGCCACAGCACCAAGAGGGAUCCAGACCUGCAGUCAUUAAGCUUGGCGGAGCCAACGCGUGUGAAUCCACUGAGACUCUAACAGCGCCGUUCUGGGCCAACAGCACCAGAGGGGAAGUAUUAGCAUUACUGAAUAUGCACCCGUUUGAGCAGUACAUACACAUGGAGACCUGCUUGCAUGAACGGAAACAGAUGUACUGCAGAGAAGGAUGCAGAUGUGAGCAACAAUACCGUCUCCACCGUCUCCUGGCGUAUGACCCUCGUAACGAAUGCAGAGGAAUCUUCGCAGACUGGUUUAGGUUUCCGACCUGCUGCGUUUGCAAGUGUUACGACGUGCCGGUCGAGUUCCGAGCUCGAUCGCCUCGGAUCCUACAUCCUCAGUACGACGAAAAAGUCAAGAGAGUCAUUUUUGAAGACGUCGCCAGGGACUGGUACAUGUCCGCUUAUGAUGAUGAGGAUUUCCUUUGAGAUUUGUAUAUCCUGCCUUCAAGACUGAUUCAGCGGUUAACAGUAAUCUAAGAACCCACCUAAGAAAUAUAUUUAUUAAAAAAUUAUUAAAAAAAAAGAAGCGUAUAUUAAAAUGUAUUUAACUAUUUACGUUUGUUACUGACUCAUACUCGUUGUAUUUAUUAGUUUAAGUUAACUUAUUAUAGAUGUAAAUUAUAUUUGUUAUGUUUUAUAAAUUGUAUUCGGAUUUUAUUAAUCCAUUAAUUUAACAUUAUAAUUAAUUAAAAAUUCAAUCUUA